UGCACGGACGCGGCGGCAGUUGGGUUGCUUCGUGCCCCUGAUCGGCCCCGCGCGCAAGGUUCUGCCUCACGCCCACCUCCUCCUCCACUGCAGGCAGCAUGUCGGGCGACUGCUGGCGCCUGCUGCCCAGCGAGCUCAAGCGCCUGGUCCUCGAGCAGCUCACCCUCGCCGAGCUGGCACGCUGCCGCGGCGUGAGCCAGAGCUGGAAGGCCGAGACGGCGCCACUGCACGCCCUCACCGAGGCCGCCUUCCGCGCCGGCAUCGUGCCGCCGCGCACCGCCGUCUGGGCCGAGCUCGCAGCGGCGGACGGCGAGCAGUGCGCCAUGCUGCUCGGCCUCGCGAGCGUGCAUGGCCACUACAAGGGCCUGGCCAACUUCGCCGCCCUCUGCGCGCGCCAGCGCGACAUCGCCGCGGGCUGGGGCACGAUGGCCAGCGACGAGCCGCACCCUGUACUGUCGUGUCUGGUCCCCGGCAUCAAUGCCGGUCGGGCGUACGCGGCCAUUACAUCUCUCCGGUCGCCAUGGCGCAUGAAGCUUGAUCACGUCGAGGGCACAAUCAUCUGCUCCGACGCGAGCGAAGGGGUGCUGCGCGUGCUCAGCGUGCCGCCGCUCAAGGAUCUGCCGGGGCCAGCCGUCAACCUGCGCGCUGAGCUGGGUGUCGACCUGUGGCAUACCGCAGCGAGUGCAUACACCCAUGUCGAGGCGGAUCAGGGCUAUGUUGUCCUCUUCGAGCAUGCCGCAGCAGACGCCAGCCUCUUCGGCCACUUCCAAGUCUGGAGCAGCGAGCGCAUUCUAGGCGCCGCGGAGCUCGGUCGGCCGCCUGUGCGAGGUGCGCACAAGCUGACUGGCACGAUUCCAGUGCCUGCCUCGCUCGACACUGGCAACGGCAUCGCCUUCAAGCUCAACUAUCCCACUCUUGCCGUGUCGACAUCCUCAAAGUGCGCUGUGCUCUUCGACCUCCGCGAUCCUAGGGGAGCCGUAGUGGCGCAGGCAGGCACGGAGAACCCGGGCGAGGAGAAUUUCACUAGCUACAUCGAGCAUACUCCUGAAUACGUCUUUCUGACUGCUGCUCGAGGCCUGCAACACUCCGAGCUGUCGGAACCUUAUCGCACGCUGCCUGUCUCUGGCUUGGUCGUCAUCCGCCGCAGCGACAAUGCCUUCUGGGACAUGGGCAAGGAGCACUUCGGCACGACGGUGCCCUGGUCCCAGGUCACCCUCCGGCGAGCGUGGAGGAUCCGGAGCAGGGGCAGCGGCUUGGCAUACUGGGCCAAAUUGUCCCUUGACGCGCCAGAGCUGGUGACCGAGGACAACGUGGUGGGUUCUGCGCACGUCUUCGCUCCUUCUCUUUGCUGACGAGGUAGGAUUAGGAGGAGCUGCUGUGGCGGUCGUAUCAUGCGGUACAUCUCGACACACGUACGGGCACCUUGGUCGCUCUGACGGACGACAGCCUUGUACUUAUCGGCAAUUACGAGGCGCUCAUGUCCGACCCGAGCCAGGCGACCUACACGGUCGUGCAACUCUUCGAAGACCACGAGGAGGUCCAUCCUCGCGGCUCCCUCGCUGUGCGCGACGGGCGUGCGAUCUGUCAUUUCGGCAUACGCGGAACGCCGCUCUAUUUGGUCGAUCUGGACGCCGGCAGACUGGAGGCAGGCUGGCACCCCUCCGUCGCACGCGAGAUCUCAGUGGCCUGCAGCCUCACUCAGACAAACUAUCUCAGCUGCAUCCAGGCGGACGACGCGAGCCUCUUCGUCGCGACGGACUUCAACUCGGAUUGGCCCGGUCUGAGCAGUGAGA